AUGGGCUGUGAGUUUGGGAAGCUGGCAAGGGUGCGGCAUGUGAUCAGCUGCAGCUUGUCGCCCGCCCUUCGAGCAGCAGGCCCUCCCGCACCGCUCCGGCAGGGGCAUCCCCCAGUGCUGCGCCACAUUCAGGCAACCGUCCUUCGCACCGCACCGCCAUUUAUUGCAUUUUACCUUGUCUACACAUGGGGGACCCAGGAGUUCAAGAAAUCCAAGAGGAAGAAUCCAGCUGCCUAUGAAAAUGACGAAUGA